AUGGGGUCAACGCCCCAGAGCGAAGACAUCUCUGGCAACAAUACCAACGCGUUGCCCAACGGAAGCAGCAAAAGAUCUCCAUCUUCAUCGAAUGAUAAACCUUCUUCACCCGAGCGCGAAAAGCUGGAAAAUGGCGGCGGGAGUACCGAGAAUCCGGCGGCUGCAGCCGAUGAUCAGGAGCUCGCGGAGGAGACAUCCAAGGAUAAAUGCACGAUGUCUCCUGUAGAUUCUGGUGAAUGCGAUGGCGCUCCAAUCUCUGGAGACGCCAAGAUUGAGGCCUCCGCGGCGGCGCCACCACCUGUUGCCGGAGGCGCAACACCGAUUUUGCCAGAGAAGCCAAUAAUGGGUUCGCUUCCCUCACGAAACUCUGAGAACCCGUGGUGUAAACUUCUAUCACAGUCUGGAGAGCAACCAAACGUUAGCAUUGUUUUAUCAUGCUUCACCAUUGGCUCUAGUGAAACCUGCAACUUGGUAUUGAAAGACCUGGAUGCCAGUGAAAUACUGUGCAAGAUCACAAGACAACAGCCUGGAAGCAGUGGUGUAGCUGUUCUAGAGGUCACAGGAAGCAAAGGACAAGUGAUGCGUAAUAGAAUAGCUGUCACGAAGGAUUCUACAUGUCAGCUACACUCUGGUGACGAAGUGGUUUUUGGUUCACUCUGGAGCUCUGCUUUCAUAUUUCAGAAAAUGUCUGAAGUUGCAGAAAAAGAUGGUGGAGUUCAGAAGCCCGCAGGAGAAUUUUCGCAGAGACACCUGAUCCAGAGACUUCAGAUAGAUAGAGCCGUGCUCCAGGAACACCUGCAACUUUUGGAAGUGCUUUCAAGAUUUAACGAGGACUUAAAUCGUUUUUGGUUAUCCAAGAAGAUCCGCCAAGCGGCGGAGAAACCUGCUACUUCUGUGGUCCAAGAUGACGCAGAGCUCGAAAUUGACGGCAUGGAAGUGAAAUUUUCUGUUGAUAAUCAAAGUGAUAAAGCUGCAGAUAGUGGAGCAAUUAGCAGUCAGAACCAAAAUUCCAAAAUGGAGAUGUUAGAUGAGAAAAACGAGUCGGCGAGAAACUCACAACUAGCUUCAACAUCAGGCGAUGGUCUGCGAUCUACAAUCUUAAGAGAAGUCAUUCAAGCUAGUAUUGUUGAAGGAAAACGCUUGGAAGUUUCAUUCGAAAAUUUUCCCUACUAUUUGAGCGAGAAUACAAAAAAUAUCUUAAUAGCUGUUUCACAUAUACAUCUGAAGCGAAAAGAAUAUGCCAAGUAUGGCACCGACUUGACCACUUUGAAUCCAAGGAUCUUGCUUUCUAGUCCCUCAGGGUCCGAAAUAUAUCAACAGAUGUUAGCUAAAGCACUUGCCAAUCACUUUGAGGCGAAAUUGCUAAUAUUUGACAGCCUUCCAAUUUUGGAGGCUAUGACUGCUAAGGAAAUUGAGUCACUGAAAGGAGAAUCGUCGCGUCUAAGGCAGUGUCUUGAGCUCAUUGGUCGGAGGAACAGCUCGGAUUUUUCAGCAGGUGAAGGAGAUUCAUGGAGCCCUUCUUCUUCUCUGGACUCACUGCCUAAGUGGGAGGCGGAGACUUUACCUCGUUCAGUUGGAACGCCAGUGUCUCAUACUUUGAAGAAAGGUGACAGGGUAGAAUUCAUCGGUUCUAAGUUCUAUGGGGAACUUUUAAUUGGGCUUAAAGGGAAAGUUAUGUUAGUAUUUGAUGAGAAUCCUUCAGCUAAAUUGGGUGUUAGAUUUGAUGAGCCCGUACCUGAUGGAGUUGAUCUUGGUGAUCUGUGUGAAAAGGGACAUGGGUUCUUCUGCCAUGCUAUUGAUCUUCGGGUCGAAAGGUCGAGUUCUCGGGAUCUAAGUAAACUACUUAUUAACACGUUGUUUGAGGUUGUCCAUGCUGAGAGCGGAACUUCUCCGUUUAUUCUCUUUUUGAAAGAUGCGGAGAAGUUUGUUGCUGGAAAUUACUCUGCGUUUGAAACAAGACUUGAAUAUCUCCCAGAAAACGUAAUUGUGAUCGCUUCACAGACACACUCUGAUAAUUACAAGGAGAAGUCUCACCCUGGUGAUUCUACCAGGUUCGGCAACAGCCAAACAGCUCUUCUCGACUUAUCUUUGCGAAAUUUUGAACGACUACGUGAGCCAGGCAAGGAAGUCCCAAAGGCAACGAAACUUCUAACGGAGCUCUUUGGGAAUAAAGUUACUAUUCAAAUGCCACAGGAUGAGGAUCUUUUUAGACUCUGGAACCAUCAGUUGGAUCGUGAUGCUGAGACUCUGAAAUUGGAGGCUAAUUUCAAUCAGUUGCGCUUGGUGCUGGAACAAUGUGGACUAGAAUGUGAAGGAAUUGAGACGCUGUCCAUGAAGGAUCUCACACUUCGAAGCGACAGUGCAGAAAAGAUUAUUGGAUGGGCUCUGAGUGACCAUCUAAGGCGUAAUCCUGAUGCUGAUCCAGAAAAGUUUAUCUUGUCUCUUGAAAGCAUAGAAUUUGGAAUUGGACUUUUACAGGAUCUUCUAAAUGAAUCUACGAGCUCAAAGAAGUCUCUCGAGGACACUGUGACAGAAAAUGAGUUUGAGAAGCAGCUUUUAAGUGAUUUUAUUCCGCCCAGUGACAUUGGCGUUAGAUUUGAUGACAUUGGGGCACUUCGGAAUGUCAAAGACACCUUGAAGGAAUUGGUUAUGCUUCCUUUACAACGGCCUGAACUUUUCUGCAAGGGGCAAUUGACAAAGCCUUGUAAAGGAAUUCUCUUAUUUGGACCUCCUGGAACCGGAAAGACUAUGCUUGCAAAGGCAGUGGCAAAAGAAGCUGGUGCUAACUUCAUCAACACCUCAAUGUCAAGCAUCGGAUCUAAGAUGUUUGGUGAGGCUGAGAAGUAUGUCAAAGCAGUCUUUUCAUUGGCCAGCAAACUUUCCCCUAGCGUUAUCUUUGUGGACGAGGUGGACAGCAUGCUAGGCCGAAGAGAAAACCCCGGGGAACAUGAGACCAUGCGGAAUAUGAAAAAUGAGUUCAUGAUAAAUUGGGACGGUCUAAGGACAAAGGAGAAGGAACGUGUUCUGGUUCUUGCAGCCACAAAUCGGCCUUUUGACCUUGAUGAAGCCGUCAUUAGACGGUUACCCCGUAGGUUGAUGGUGGGGCUACCAGAUGCUCCGAACAGAGCAAAGAUACUAAGGGUCAUACUUGCGGAAGAAGACUUGUCCCCUGAUAUUGAUCUUGAUGGAGUUGCAAGGAUGACUGAUGGAUAUUCUGGAAGCGAUCUCAAGAAUCUAUGUGUUGCUGCUGCCCACCGUCCAAUCAAGGAGAUAUUGGAGCAGGAAAAAGUUGAGCGAGAUGCUGCUCUGGCUGAAGGCAAAGCUCCUCCAGCUCUAAGGGGAAGUUGUGAUAUCCGAGCUUUAAACAUGCAGGAUUUCAGAUACGCACAUGAGCAGGUGUGCGCGAGCAUCUCGUCAGAGUCGGUGAACAUGACAGCGCUUCAGCAGUGGAACGAUCUCUACGGGGAAGGUGGAUCUAGAAAGAAGACAUCACUCAGCUACUUCAUGGUUUGGCUCGACUCAUCUCGAUUCGGCUACCGUCGUUUAUCCUUACAUGAUUUUGCCGCUGGUCAUGGAGGGACAAAGCAGCGCGAGAGGGGAGACGCAUAUCUGAUCAAUUCUCGUUGA